AUGUCUGACCCAUCCGCACCCGGACUCGAAGAGGGCACCGAAAUCUCACCCAUGGCCGAGACGGUGCAGACCUUCGCGAGCUACUCCGAGGCCUCCGUUGCCGCUUGCAAGUGGGUCAACUCGGGAAAGACCCAGAUUGACCCAGCCCAGCUCAUCCUGUACAAGAACACCCUCCCCGCAAGCCCCGCAUACGGCAAAAUCGUCGGCGUCGGCCUAAAAUUCACCGCCGAGGUCGACUUCUGCCGACUCGACAUGGACAACACAGGCAAGGGCAUCCACUUCAACGCCAAGCAGCGGGACGACCAGUCCAAGAAGCUCGCGGCGGUGAUCAAGCCGACUGUUGCGUUGAGCGAGGCCCAGCGCACGCAGCUGUACAUGGAGUAUAUCAAGGGGCUCGAGAACAGGAGUGCGCAGUUUAUUUGGGAGUGGUGGAGCACCGGGAAGGCACCGGCGUGA